AUGUGGUGCUGUGGGAGGGGUCUUUUCGGUGCCGGUGGGGUCCUGGGCUCCAGGCUCUCCGGUCUGGGCAAAGCUUCAUCGGACUGGGCUUGCAGAUUGUUUCCGGCCAUCCUGGGAUGCCGGCUCUCGUUUGCCGGGGCCGUGGCACUGGCGCUGGCCCCCGCGCCCUCCUCCUUCUGGGGAGCCUCACUGGAGGUGCUGCGCUCCUCAUUCUCAGAGGAACUAGUGAUGGUUGCUGAGUUGAGGUGGGGCUUUGAGAUGGAGGGCCUGGGCUGCUCCCGGAGGUGUGCCCAGAAGCAGGGCAAGGGACGGGGCUGGACAGCGUUCCACUGGGGCUGGUACUGGAGCCGCAGAAGGGAGAAGAGAGAGGCAAAGACUGGGGCAAAGAGGGGCCUCCAGCACUGGUGCUCAGGGUGGAUGUGGGGCUGUCUGAGCAGGGGGAGGCUGUGCUACAGAUUUGCUCGUGAGGUUCCACCCUCGGCUGUGGACUGCCCGAUUGGUGGGCGUCCACAGGUCAGCCCGGCCCCAGCUGCACGCUUCCUGGCCGCUCAGACAGAGGCUUUCCAGUCCCCCGACUGGGGCGGACGCACUCGGUUGAUCUGUCUUGCCACGGCACGAGGCAAAGACAAGAGGUUCUCUCGCACUGGAAGAGCCAUCCACAUACUCCAGCUUCCUUACCCGUCCUUUGGCCACAGCAAAGAGGCAGGAGGGAGAGGGAGGGAGAGCAUGCACGGUGGGAGGGAGGGAUUGGGGGGGGUGGAGAAAGGGAGGGAUAUGAAAGAAAGGGGCGAUAACGAGCAACACCGACGACGUAUAAAUUCUGAAGACUGCCGCCUAGAGGGGUUAUUCUUUGAAAUGACGGCCGACCGGAUGGUCCAGCAGCUGCCGGACGCUGUGGAGGAGGGGUGGUAAUGGCUGGCGGGUAAAGAUUUACAGCUGAGGUGUUCCUGUACAGCAAAGGAGAUUUUCCACUCAGAGCCAUAUUUCUUUGUCACAUGGAAAUUCAAAACGUUGUCACCUCUUGUAAAUGUUUCUUCACAAUAAACUGAAUUUGAACUUUGAUUUGUGAAUCUCGUGAUUAAAUUUCAUCAGAACAGAUGGUUAUUCUAAAUGUUCAAAUGCUGUCCUGAGGCACAGACUAAAAGUUGUCUUUUUUUUUCUGGUUGAAUUUGAUCCUUUAAAACGUCCAUUUUGAAAUGUUCUGCAUUUCAAUGAUCAAACAUGGAAAUACUCAAAACGGUUUUAUUGGUUUAGUCAAAAUGUAAAAUCUAAAAUUACACUGGAAUUAAGUUCAUGCACUAAAACCUGAUAUCAAAAUGGGUUUCUGCAGGAAAAAAAAAAACUUUCAACUCUGACCACAAUUGCUUAGUCGCAUUUCAAUAUAAAACCAGCAUCACACGGGGCCCUCUAUCCAUUAAACCCUAAUAAAACACUAUGGACUCCAAUUUAAACUAAUGCUCAGUUUGAAGGAGAGGACUGAACCAAACACUCAGGGACCUGCUUCUAUGAUGUGCAGAGACGGUGAUGGCGUGCUAUUAAGAAACAAGUGUGUUAUUUGUCAAACUCCAGUUUGUUCUGCACUGCUCCACCGUGAAGCGCCUGGAAACCUGAAGCAGAAAUCAGGCGAGGAUCCGGGCCACAUAAAUGAGGAAAGCAAAAGGAAUGUGCGUCUAUUCGUCCGUCUUUUCCUCGUUCUGGUAAUGCCUGUACUCUGGCUUCAGCUCCCAGGUGUUCUUGUGUGUUCCUUUCACGUUGUAGAUGCCGAUAUCACGCAAGAUUUCCUUCAAGUAAAUCACAGGCUGCUUGGUGAUAUCCACCAGGUCUUUGAUGUUGUAGUACUGGUGCUUCUCAAAGGCAGAAAACAGCAUAUCCAAAACCUGCUGUUUGGUGGCUCUGGCCCUCUUGCCCUCCUCCUUCUUCCUCUUCUCGUACUCGCGGUUGUAGUCGUGGAUGGCCACCGGUUUGUAAUUGCUGGUGACGGGUUUGGACAGCUGCUGUGACAGCCGGACUGGCUUGGAGGACUCUUCGAUCUGUAACCUUUUCAGCUUCAUGUAGCUCUCACUGACGGCAGGCCGGCACUCUGCUCUCUGCACCACCAUGCCCUCCAGGGCUAGUUUAUCAGAGGAGCUCUCUGUGAAGACCGCCAGCAUCUGACCUCCCACCGUCUGCAUGGUGAAGGGGUGCUCGCGGGGCGCCGACACCGUCUUAUCCUCGAUACCUUCAAUCACGGUCAGCUCCUCGUUCAGGGUAAAGGAAACCUCUGCUUUUCCUUGGUUUCCUUUCUUGCAGAUUCUGAGUUUCCCGACUUCCCCUCUGCCCGACGCUUUCGCCCAUUGUUGAGAGAGGUAUUUUGGCACCUUAACGAGCCACACUCCCGUGUUCUGCUUGGCACCGGUUAAAUCAACUUCACCUUUUUCUGACAUCUUUUAAAACGAUGCUAACUUCGCGAUUCAACCGCCUUACGGGUGCACGUAGGAGAAACGCGAAGGUACGGCAAGGCGAGGGGUCAAUUCCA